AUGGUGAAAGAUGGGGGCCAAGCAUCCAGGCUUUUGAUGGGAGCCCUCAGUCUCUCCUGUUUUUGUCAUCCACAGAUCUGGCAUAUCCUCCUGCUCAUAAUGAGAAUAGUUCUGCUCCAAUUAGCCAAGGUGAACCUCAUGGACAUCACCAAAAUCUUCUCCCUCCUGCAGCCCGAUAAGGAGGAGGAGGACACCGACACGGGGGAGAAGCAGGCUCUCAAUCAAGCAGUGUACAACAAUGACUCUUAUACCUUGGACCAGCUUUUGCGCCAGGAGCGUUAUAAACGAUUCAUCAACAGUAGAAGUGGCUGGGGCAUCCCUGGGACACCCUUGCGCUUGGCUGCUUCUUAUGGCCACCUUAGCUGCUUGCAGGUCCUCCUGGCACAUGGUGCUGAUGUUGACAGCUUGGACGUCAAGGCACAGACACCACUUUUUACCGCCGUCAGUCAUGGCCAUCUGGACUGUGUGCGUGUGCUUUUGGAAGCUGGUGCUUGUCCUGGUGGUAGCAUCUACAACAACUGCUCUCCUGUGCUCACAGCUGCCCGUGAUGGUGCUGUUGCCAUCCUGCAGGAGCUCCUGGGUCAUGGUGCAGAGGCCAACGUCAAGGCAAAACUACCAGUCUGGGCAUCGAACAUAGCUUCAUGUUCUGGACCCCUCUAUUUGGCUGCAGUCUACGGUCACCUUGAUUGUUUCCGCCUGCUUUUGCUCCAUGGGGCAGACCCUGACUACAACUGUACUGACCAGCACCUACUGACUCGAGUCCCACGGUCCCGCACCCUCCUCGAAAUCUGCCUGCACCAUAAUUGUGAGCCAGAGUACAUCCGGCUGUUAAUUGAUUUUGGUGCUAACAUCUACCUUCCAUCUCUCUCCCUGGACCUGAACUCACAAUAUGAUAAGGGCACUGCAUUGCUGCUACAGGCCCGAGCCACUCCACGGUCACUACUAUCACAGGCUCGUUUAGUCAUCCGCAGAGCCCUGCGCCACGCCAGCCAGCCACAAGCCAUCGACCAGCUGGAUAUUCCUCCUGUGUUGAUCAGCUAUCUUAAACACCAACUGUAA